CACAAUAUUACUUGCAGAAUAGUCAGAAAUAGGUGGUAACUCUGUGGCAACAUUUUCAUAAAAAGAUCAAAAAAAAAAUAUAUUUAUAUUCAAUAAUUUUCCACAGUAAAUCAUCACCAUAAAUAAAAGCACAAAUAAAAACAAAAAUGUGUAAAUUAAAAGCAUUAAUAAACAGACGAAACAAUUAACAUUAAAUAUUUCGAAAAAAAAAGAAAUAAUUUAAUCAAUCGAAAUUUAAUUUAAAAGAAAUAAAAUGUCUGAAGAUAAUGCAAAUAAAACAGCACAAUCAGAUUUAAUUGAAACAAUAAUAUUCACAGUACAAUUUUAUUACACACCAGUGCUUGUAUUAUUUGGUAGUUUUGGUAAUUGUUUAUCGGUAUAUAUUUUUUUUAGUACUAAAAUGCGUCGUGUAUCAUCAAGCUGGUACUUAUCAGCAUUAGCAAUAAGUGAUACAUUUUUUUUAUUAUCAAUAUUUAUAACAUGGUUAAAUAUAAUUGGUGUUGGUAUAUUUAAUUUACCAGGUUAUUGUCAAUUUUUUGUAUAUUUAUCAACAUUAUGUAGUUUUUUAAGUGUAUGGUUUGUUGUUACAUUUACUAUUGAAAGAUUUGUUGCUGUACGUUAUCCAUUAAAACGUCAAUCAAUGUGUACAGUAACACGUGCUAAAAUAUUAUUAAUAAUAUUAAGUUUAUUUGGUUUAAUAAUAUGUUGUCCAGUAUUAUGGUUUUCAAGUCCAAUUAAAAUGGAUAUUAAAACAAAUACAACAAUUUGUAUACUUGUUAAAGAAUGGGAAAAAUGGGCAAAUAUAUUUAAUGUUGUUGAUACAAUUAUAACAUUUGUUAUACCAUUUAGUAUUAUUGUUAUAUUAAAUGGUUUAAUUAUUAAAACAAUAUGGAAAUUAUCAAAUAUACGUAAAACAUUAAUUAAAACUAAAAAUAUUCAUAAAACAAUACAGUGUAAUGAACAAUUUAGAAACAAUCAAACAAAUAAUAUUAAAAAACGGAAAAAUAAAUUAUAUAAUUAUGGUGUAUCACAAAAAAAAGUUACUAAAAUGUUAUUAAUUGUUUCAAGUGUUUUUUUGUGCUUUAAUUUACCAGCAUAUGUGUUGAGAGUACGUGCAUUUCUUGAGGCAGAUAAAGAACCACCACGUUCAAUAAUAAUAAUCCAACAUAUUUGUAAUUUACUGUUUGAUACAAAUUUUGGAAUAAAUUUUUUUCUCUACUGUGCAAGUGGACAAAAUUUUCGAAGCGCUGUUUUACGAAUUAUUCUACGUCGUCCACAUAGAUUAGACUCAGCAAGACCGAUAUCGAAUAAUGAUUUUCGAAGAUCAAGUUCAAUGGGUCGUCAAAGAACAGUUGUCUAUGACGUACCAUGGUCUGAUAUUGGUGAGGAACUUAAGACUUUAUCAAUUAAAAAUAAUUCAAAGAAAAAAAAUUUAAUAAAUAAAACAUCCCAAAAUUUGUAAAUAAACAAAAGAAAAAAAAAAACUUACCAGUUUCUAAUUCAGCUGCUGGUAAUGGACGUAUAUUACCAAAAAAUCUUUGAUCAAGAAGUUGUAAAAGUUGAAAUGCUGCAUCUUGUACUGGUGCUCGUGGACAACCAGUAUUCAUCAGACUGACAUUAAUAACACUCGUAUAAUGAUCACAAGGAUAUUCCCUAAAAAUAUUAUUUUACAAAUUAAAUUAUUAACAAGCAAUUAUUUUUUUAUUAUUUAAUAUGUAUAUAUAUAAUUAUUGUUAUUAACCUGGCACUGAAUAUUGUUGCUAAUGCUAAAAAACAACCAUCUGCAACUUGUGGAAGACCAGUGUAACAUCUAUCAACAACCCAAUCAAGUAAUGUACCAAUAUCUGGAUUUCCCUCUAAUAGUAAAACAACUGUUUCACGUGCAAGUGCAUAAAUCUGUAAUUACAAUAUAAAUUCCAUGUAUAAUUAUAAACAAUCUAACAAUAUAAUUAAUAUUAAUAAUAUAAACUAAUUAAAUUGUUGAAUAAAUUAAUUAAAUAAUUUAAAAAAA